AUGAGCACUUGCCUGCCAACCUUACCAAAGCACGUCGAGAAGAAGAAGAGCCGCAGAAAUAGCCUCCAAAACCGCCUAGAAACGUCUCCUAACGAAUGGACUUCAUCAGACUUGAUUCUGGAUUGUGAGAAGUGCGACUCUUCGGAGACCUUUCAGUACUGGACAAGUUCGACAGGGGCCCGGGUUCUGGAUGAGGAAGAUAUUGGGGCUUGGCUGCAACAACAAGAUCGCAAGUCAGCCGAAACGAGCAUCGUGUGGGCCGUCAACGAAUUCGACCUCGUAUCUGCAUCAUCGCCAAGUCAGUCACAGUCUUCACAAACGGGGAGUCCGGGGGCUAUGAACGAAGUAUUACACGGGAACGUUGCAAAAAUGGAAGAAACAGACCACAAGUCUGACAUGCCGAUGAUUCUGCGGGGGGUUGGGGCUUUUACAGAGGAUGUUGAACCUGCGACUUCAGAGAAGGAGAAGAAAAGAACGAGGGUGUGGACGAAAACGAAACAUAGGCCGCUCAUAGGAUGGGAUAACUUAUGGCUGUGA